UAGCCUAAAUCGUCCUCUAUAAAGACCUGUGCUCCUGCUCUUCUGACCCAGCCAACCGCACACGAACCAGUACACUCAUCAUGGUUGCCCACGCCCCCACCGUCAAGCUCGCUCCCUCCGGCCAGGAAAUGCCCCUCGUCGGUUUCGGACUCUGGAAGGUCAAUAACGACACUUGUGCCGAUACGGUCUACAAUGCUAUCAAGCACGGUUACCGUUUGUUUGAUGGUGCUUGUGAUUAUGGGAAUGAGAAGGAGGCUGGAGAGGGUAUUCGCCGUGCGAUUAAGGAUGGGUUGGUGAAGAGGGAGGAGAUUUUCUUGACUUCUAAGCUCUGGAACACCUUCCACGCCAAAGAACACGUCAAGACCCUCUGCAAGAAGCAAUUGGCUGACUACGGCCUCGACUACUUCGACCUCUUCCUCAUCCAUUUCCCCAUCUCCCUCCAAUACGUCGACCCAGCCACCGCCUACCCCCCCGGCUGGUCCACCCCCGAAGGCAAAACCAUCACAGUCGACGUCCCCAUCGCCGAAACCUGGAAAGCAAUGGAAGAAUUGGUGAAGGAAGGCUUGGUCAAGAAUAUCGGUAUCUCGAAUUUCCAGGGGAGUUUGAUCUUGGAUUUGUUGAGGGUUGCGGAGGUUAAGCCUGCUGUGUUGCAGAUUGAGCACCAUCCUUACCUUACCCAGGAAGCGCUCGUGCAGUUGUGUAAGCAGCAUGAGAUUGCCGUCACUGCGUACUCCUCUUUCGGUCCCAUGUCAUACAUGGAACUCGAUUUCGAGUCCGCGCAGAAAUGCCCUCCCCUCCUCGAACACGACAUCAUCAAGAAGAUCGCGUCAGCCCACUCGAAGACCCCGGCUCAGGUUUUGUUGCGUUGGGCUACCCAGCGUGGGGUUGCGGUUAUUCCAAAGUCGAACAACCCGGAGAGGUUGGAGCAGAAUUUGGAUUGUUGCUCGUUUGAGUUGACCGAGGAGGAGGUUAAGCAGAUUUCGGGGUUGAACCAGGGUGUCCGUUUCAACAACCCUGCUGAUUACCUCAACCCUCCUAUUGCCAUCUUUGCUUAA